AAAUAAGAAACGUAGCAUGAAAUAAAAUAACGCAAGAUGAUCCUGUUCUUCCAUAUUAAAAUAGAAUCUUUCUAAAUUUUUCUUAUUAUUUUGUGACAUGAGGAUACUAUUUGCAUAGAAUUAUCUUAUUCUUUAAUUGCACUUUAUAUAAUCAUUUUUUAAUAACAUAAAGUUUAAAAUGGCAAGUAACAGCAAGAGCGAAGAUCAAAGUGAGGAAAGUUUGAAAGAAGAUAAAGACAAACCCAAAAUGAGUUCAGCUGAAGAACGUUCUGAAUAUUUUAAGAAGUUGGAAAAAUGGUUACAAGAAGCUUACGCCUGGCAAAGUGUUGCUGCUAUGUUUCCUUAUUAUGUGAUGUCCAAUCAAGUUUUAAAUUUAUCAGGUGCUAUGCCAUUUGGUUCUUCAAUUCCAACAACGACAAGUGCGCAAAGAAUUAAUACGGCUACUCCUCCACAGCAAAAUGAUCUUCAAAGACCAAGAAGACCACCAGAAACUGUUCCACCACAUUUUCAACGGGCUGAUGCUGAAGGAUUUGAAUAUCGCAUACCACCUGUAUGGAAACGACUAGCAGCAGAAUUCAUAGAUUCUGCAAUGUUAUUUCUUUUGAGAAUUUCUAUUUCUUUUGUCAUCAUCGAUUUUUUUGAUUUUAUAGGGUUAGAAGAUUCAGAUUUAUUACAAACGAAUCUACCUAUUGAUUAUAAAAUGUUUAUAGAAGUAACAUAUGGGACUAUAUUACUUGAAAUAAUAAAUCGUAUAGCAGUAUGCAUUUUGGAAGCUUUCUGGCUUCAACGUGGAAUGAAUGGUCGCAUAGGUGGUACUACUCCAGGAAAAUCUAUAAUGGGUUUACGAGUUGUUCAAUGUCGAAACGUUGUACCAGCGGAUAGAGCAGAUGAUCCAGACAUGGUGUACGUUCAACCAGGAACUGAUUUAGGUUUUCCAUUGGCAUUUAGCCGGGCUGUAAUAAAAACUUUAAUAUUAUCUUCUGUUUUUCCUAUAUGUUUUGGUGUAUUCUUUUUUAGAUUUAAUAGAACAGGGUAUGAUUUAAUUUGCAAUUCUAUCGUUAUAGAGGAUCCUUACAGGAAUGUAAAUAAUAAUAAUAAUAAUAAUAAUAAUAAUAAUAAUAAUAAUAAUAAUAAUAAUAAUAGGAAUCGUCGGUAGAUAUUAAUUCUUAACAAAACAUUAUGCAUAUGGAGUGAGUCAACUAAAUUUUGUAUCUGAAAGCGUUUUUUCUUUUUGAAUAAAAAAUAAUGAUUACAUACUUUCAAAGAGAAACUGUUUAGUGAAAAUGCGAUUUCUAAACAAAAUCAUUACCAAUUUUUUACUAUUGCAGUCGCAAAUUUUUCUAUAUUAAGAAUUGAGAGUGAGAAUGAAAAGAAUAUAUUUCAAGUAUAAAUAUUAGAUUGACUGACCCUGUAUACAAUGGACGCAUAUGAGGCUGUGUGGAAUAAUUAACUCGUAAUUGUACUGAAAUAUAUAUAUUAAAUAAAAAGUAAUUUUUGUAAAGAUAAAUAUACAUAUACAUAUAAAUAUAUUAUAUUACAGUAUACAAACGUAUGCAAAUAAUAUCACAUAGGUUUUGCUAGUAAAGUUUUUUUUUUUACUUUUGGGCGCUUCCGUAAAUAAUUAGAUUUCAAUUUGCGACUGAAUUGUAAAAUGUAAGUUUAUCGCUCUAUGUAGUUUAAACUUUAUAUUAUAAAACUUUAGGAAAAACACUUUGAUGUAAAAUAAAGGAGAGAGUUAUUCAAUAA